AUGGCUACGAGGGUCAGGCCCAGGAUUUUCAAGCUUUCAGGGCUCGAGCGUGACCGAAAGAUGAGAGAUCUGGUGAGUUUCGAUAUCGAGGGCUGUUGUGGCUGCUCUUCCAAGGGAAAGAAGGGACCCCAAGGAGCCUUCGAUGCUCUGGAUGAGAGUGCUCUCUUGGUAGAUCAGCGAGUUGAUGGUCCUGCCAGCCGAAAAGCGAAAGUGUAUCCCAGCAUGCCGUGCUGGCAAGUACUUCUUCUUGGCACCAUGAUUCUUUCGAUCAUUGGUCUUGCUGCCGGGAUUGGAUACCUCACGUUGCACAAAGAAGCGGAACCAGCUGCGAAUCCACAGUGUCCUGCCAAAGUGCAUGAGAAUUGCCCAGCUGAAUGGCUCAUCAGCUCCAAUCCAGGUGGCUAUCAUUGCCUCCAAAAACUGGCACGCCAGACAUCGGAGACAGCUUACGAGAAGUCCGAGGGGGCCUGCAGGCCAAAGUCAGCUGGACCAUUUCCCAAGAAGGACUGCCACAAGCAAUGUAGCAUCGGCAAUGUUUGAGGAGGAGGUCUGAGGCAUCUUCAUUGUAAAUCUCGUUUGCAAACGAUUGUGUGGUCCAAAAAAUAUACAACAAAUUUGCCAGAGGCAACUUGAGGUGAAGGAUCUUUCAAAGGGAAGGCAAAUGAAG